CUUCACAAAGUGCUUCAGCAUUUUGUUCAUUGUAGGAAGUUGGCUAUGGAUUUUGCUAAUGGAGGAGGAAGUAGUGGUACUGGAGAUGGAAACCCUGCAGCAAGACUCGAGGGGAAGGGGAAAGCGCUGUUGGUCUGCUGGAUUCUGGGAUUUGGGUCUCUGGUGUCGUGGAACACCAUGCUGACAAUUGGAGAUUACUACUACAGUUUGUUCCCGAGAUACCACCCUUCAAGAGUUCUGACCCUAGUUUACGAGCCCUUUGCCCUCGGAACCAUGGCCGUCCUCGCUUACAACGAGUCGAGGAUCGACACCAGGAAAAGGAACAUCGGUGGAUAUUUGCUCUUCUUUGCCGGCACUCUCAUGCUGCUCGUUCUCGACGUUGCGACUUCGGGGGAAGGAGGGAUUGGGCCGUUUGUAGGGAUUUGUGCAGUGGUUGCAGUGUUUGGAGUUGCCGAUGCCCAUGUUCAAGGUGGAAUGGUGGGAGACUUGUCUUUCAUGUGCGCUGAGUUCAUGCAGUGCUACUUCGCUGGCGUGGGUGCAUCGGGAGCCAUGGCCUCCAUCUUGAGGCUGAUCACGAAAGCAGCUUUCGAAAACGCCAGGCAUGGUCUUCGCAAGGGAGUUCAAUUGUUCCUAGCAAUAGCCGUUUUCAUGGAGCUCCUCUGCUUUUUGCUGUACGCGUUCUACGUCCCAAAGCUUCCCAUAGUCAAGUACUACCGCUCGAAGGCGGCCAAGGAAGGUUCCAAGACGGUGUCCGCCGACCUCAAGGCAGCCGGAAUACUGACAAACCAGGUAAAUGAUUUGAAUACGAAAGUUCAUCAGGGAGAUGAUGGGAAACAGCAGGAUCGAUUGAGCAACAGAGAGUUGCUGAUUCAGAACAUGGACUACGGAUUGGACCUAUACUUGAUCUAUGUGCUAACGUUGUCAAUCUUUCCUGGAUUCAUCUCGGAAGACACAGGCACCCAUCAAUUGGGUUCAUGGUACAUAUUGGUCUUGAUUGCAAUGUACAAUGUCUGGGAUCUGGUAGGCCGAUACGUUCCAUUGAUCGAAUGCAUCAAGCUGAAGUCGCGCAAGUGGCUGAUGAUCUCGACCCUCGCUCGAUUCUUGCUCAUUCCCGCGUUCUAUUUCACGGCCAAGUAUGGAGAUCAAGGGUGGAUGAUAUUUCUCACUUCCUUUCUGGGACUCACAAACGGCUACCUCACUGUGUGCGUCAUGUUGUUGGCCCCAAAGGGUUAUAAGGGCCCAGAGCAGAAUGCACUGGGGAAUCUGCUCACGUUGUUCUUACUGGCCGGGAUAUUCUCCGGCGUAGUCCUGGACUGGAUGUGGCUAAUUGGCAAGAAGAACGUCUUUUGAAGAGCCAGGGUUUGCUAUGUUGCUGCUUUCAUUUGAUCCACCGCAUCCACUUGCGCAAGUAGGAGCUACGAUAAAAUGACUUUACAGGCUCGACAAACUAUCGAGAGCAAAUAACAUUGUAGUGGCAUAUCUAUCUCAUCUCUUAAUCAGUACCGUUAGGCGUUUACCUCAAAAUGAAAGACAGAGUGAGUAGCCAACAUCUGUGGAUCCAAAUCAUCAACUAUGUAACUCUACUAAUAAUAAUCCUUUAACAGGCGAGACAGAAAUAUGAUGGCCAAUUUUAUUCUGUUCAUAUAAAUACGAGAGACUAGAAAUUAAUAUCAUACACUUGGACUAAUACUUCCUCGCUAUCGAAUAUGUACAAACUACAAAUGAUACAAUUGCUCUCAUCCCGCGGCAUUCUCAUUGUCAUUCCUCCACUCACCCCCACCAAAUGUUCAACAUUCGUCGUCACUAACCUUCUGAGGACUGGUGCUGUUGUCUGGGGAUUUGGUCGUAACAAUAGCAGGAGGGUGAAGCUGCAAGUAAGCAUGGUUCCCUUCUCUAAACCCGCCUACGCAUAUCGUAUCACCCCGCCCAUGCCAAGUUCCAUCUUGUACAUUGUUCAUCUCUAGGGUUCUCGCCUCCUGUGGAAGCAAUCACAUUAGAAUUUGGAAAUCCAAUCGAAUCACAGAGGCAAACCCUUCUCUACCUACCUGGCUCAAAGCGCAGCAAGGGCAGAAGAUAUGGUAGAAGCAAUCGUCCAAUGAACUAUCACUACCCCUGAUGUUAAACUUGUCUUUGAUCUGAGACCGGAAGAAACCCAGAUAUAUUCCCACUAGAACUGUGAACCCGAUUGCUAGAUAGAGGAAAGCAUGCCUCUUUGUGACGAAGAAUGCAAUGAGAUUGAGAAGCGCAAAUAGAGCUAGAAUGUAAUACGCAGUUGCCUGAAGGAAACAAGAACCAAAACCAGCUCGCCUCAUGUUCUUCCCAAAUCUAUAGCAAGGACAACUGAACGAUUCAACGGCAAGGCGGCGGUCAUCGCAGAAAUCGAGCACCCCACCUUCCCACAUCCGGAACACGGAGGCGCCGCCGUCGUGGAAUUCCUCGUCGGCGGCUUGGACCUUGGUCGUCCAUUUCCCCUGCGUCUGCAGCGCGACGGUGGAGCAGAGCAGGUCGAAAUCCACCACGGCGACGUCCUCGAUCAGCUUCUGCUCCUCCUCAUUCCGCCCCUCCGCCGCACCAUCGUCGCGAGCUACCCGGUUCUCGAAUUCCCCCAUUCUAGACCCACCAAGAAAAAACUCAAACCCAGAAACUAAAACCUAGGGGUUUUGGGGGAAAUCGAAAGAAAACACUUCCCGAUACGAAAAAAUCCCUUCUUUCCCCCCUUUCUUCUUCCUUGGCGAAACAGUUGAGUGGCGGGGGAGAGAAAUGGGGAAAUGGGGAAUGAGAAGAGGAUAGAAUGAACUGGGGUUUUCCCCCUUUUUAAAAGGGGCCGAUUUUAAUAAUGAGAAUGAUGGUGGGUAGGGGGAGAGCGGAGGAAGGCGGCGGCGGAGGCCGCUUUUUUAACGGGGAGCGAGGCGGAGAGAUGAUGACGAUGAUGAUUCAUCUCCCUCUGCUUCUCUCUCCAAUUCAUUUCUUUCUCCUUUUUGUUUUUCUUUU